GCUCGCUACAUACAAUCAUGGCCGCGCAGAACAAUUCUACCAAGGGGGAUGUCUUCCACCCGGAACUGCACGCUUUGCGAACGAGGUUACAGGACAUAUUGUACUCCAUCGAGCACUUCUAUCCCCCAGCGCCGCGCCCGCCCAUCAUCGAUUCAUCCGUCGAAUUCCUUGGGACGAAACAGCACGAAGAACAAUGGCUACAGCGACGACACACGCCUGGGCUGAAGAAGCUAAAAGAAGCUGUACGCGUCGACUACGAUGUUCUGGACAAGUUCCUCAAUGAUCCAAAGUCCCAAUACCUUCCACCACUGAGCACGAACGCGCCGUACUUGCUUGCGGUGUGGAAUGAGGUGCUGUGUGCGCCACCGCCACUGGCAGCGAUCUUCAAGUCGGUGCCGAUCGCGCCGCGGAAGGGGAAGGAGACGCGAGGGGGCGGUGACGAGAAGAAGGCGGGCGCUGCCAAGAUCGACAUCGUUGCGGAAGGAGGGCGCAGUUGGAUCCGUGUCAACACCAUAAAGAACGCGCGCAUGCUGGCCGAGUUUCGCGAGAUUGACUCCUACGAUACCGGCAGCUCAGACGAGGACGACGAUGACUACCCCGUCCCCUCCCUCCGCCAAACCAACUUCGACAACUCAGUCCUCCGACUCGGCCGCUCGCUCAUCGCUGCCGCGCAAGCUAACCCCAGCGAGAUCACCGGCCGUCCUCCUACUGUCGUCCUUCGCCUCACGCGCUUGACACCCGAUGGCGAGGAUACCGACCCGCGGAUCGGUCAGACGAUUCGCAUGCUGGAGGAAAUGGGCCUCAUUGUUGAACUCGGCGAACGCACAUCGCUGCCGCCCUUCCCUGGAAAGGAUAGAGCGGAUGAGGCUGCUCCGUCUCCAGCUCCUUCUCACCCACCAGUGAUUACGCCUGACAUUAACCUCGACUUGUCUAUUCUCAUCGCGCUCACAUCCGACCUGACGCACGCGCCAUUGCCGACGACAAUAGAGGAAGCAGAGGCUCGAUUCAUCCCGCCCACGCGAUACCGCGUAUGGCGCAAACUGCAUCGCGCAGCGAUGAAGGGCAAAGCCGGCGUUACCGACUCAGACCUGCAAAUCGGCACCUCUACACCUCUUGGCGAGACCGAAGAGACUGCACACGACCCAGAGGAGCCACUGCCACCCGCAUUGGAAGACGACGACCUCAUGAAGCACACACGGCAGCUCACCACGCAAGUCCUUCAAGAGAUGGGUUGUGGGUUGUUCCAGGACAUGCAUACGCAAAUAUCAAAGCUAGGAUCACACACUCAGGCAGAGAACCCUGGAACCACAGCCCCUCGCGUACGCUUCUGGACGACGCGCGAGGCGCGCGACCGCUGCGUGCGCAUCGUGAUGAAGAUCGGUGGCAAGACGGAGAGGAAGAGGGUGUGGGCGAUGUUUCCGGGCGCUGUGAAGGCGGUGUUCCCGGAGCAGGCGGAGGUGCUGCAUGCAGAGGCGGAAGCGCUGCAUGCAUCCUCGUCAGCAUCGGCCGAGCCUACUUCAGCAACAAAAGACCCUACUUCCGUGAUUGGAGAAGACGCAGUUGACCUGGGCCUCCGCCGUUCGACAUACUGGCGAGGCUCUCGCUAUCCCUUGGAUCACGUCCCAAUAUUACCCAUCCAUAUAUAUGACGCCAGUCCAGACGAAAUGGUGGGGAAAGCGAAGGCUUUCAGAAACUCCCCUGCCCCCAGCGACGCCACUAGUACCGCAUCACAAGCCACAUCCGACGACUCACAAAUCCGAAUACUCCUCGGGCCAGGCAGCGCCUUCUCGCGGGCGCUCGCUCACACCUGCCGCGAGCUCCUCGCGCAGGACGUCGUUCCGCACCCGCGCACGGUCAAGAAGAUGGCUGCUGGGCAUUUCGUUCCCGUCAGCAGUGAUGAAGAAGAUGAGGUGGAUGCGCCCUCAACGAACGGUGCUGCCUUCUCUUCCAAAGACCCUGUCUCCUCUCAGGACGACCGUAUAUCCUCUCAGGACGAGCGUACCUCGACCAAUGCCCCCACACACCCACCAAAACCCUCCCAAAAAGGCGCCCGCCCCGCCGGCCGCACUAGCGUACGCCUCCGCGCCCAGGUGACGCGCGCGAACCCGCGGCUCACUGCGCAUACGAUCGACAGCCUGCUGUAUGGCGCUGCGCUCGGGUGGACGACGCUGACGGCGAACAAGACGAGCGUGAAGGGGGUGAUGAAGGAGAUGGGGGAUUGGGGGGCGGAGGCCGGGGCGAGUGGGGGUGCGAGUGCAACGGAUGUGGGUGAGGAUGCGAAGGAUGCGAGGGGGAGUGUGAAUGGGAAGGAUAAGGAGGCGCCGCGAGCGGCCCUGUGGGUGGUGGACCCACGGAGCUUAGGGGAGGAGAUGCGGGCGGACUACGUGCCCUAGCGAGUGUGGACUUAUUGGAGCAUGUGAAGCUCGGCGUACGGGAUGUUUGGAGGGUAAGGAAGAGGAGGGCUACAUAAUUGCGUGUAAUGUACAUUGGGAUGUAUGGGUACUUCAUUUGUAAGAGGUCCGUCAGUGAUUUUACGAGCGGCGAUCAUGCACUACGCGCUCAGCCAGACUGAUACAUAGCCGGGCCAGCGACGACGUGCGGGUUCAUCUGCGAGGUGUUGAAGGGCGUG